AUGGCCGAAGAGAAGCGAAAGAACGAAGAGCGGAUCGAGCUCGCCGAGCAGAAACUCAAACGCAAGCAGACGGAAUUGGAGGCGCUGCAGCAGUCGAUCAGCACGCUGUCGCAAGAAGUCGAGGCGAAAAACAAGCAGAUUCAAGAGCAGGAAGAGCGUCUGAAUCAGACGAUCAUGCAGUUCAAAAUGGACUCGCUGGACGUGGAGCACUUGAAGAAGCAGCUGGAGGAGGAGCAUCAGCAGCACGAAAUCCUCAUGGAGCAUCAGCGAAUCUCGUACUCCUCGCUGCAGUCGCAGUACGACGAGCUGUACAAGCGGUACCAGUCCAAGCAGGAGGAGCUGAACAAACGCGACAAAGAGGCCGUGCUGGCGCGCUAUGAGCGAGGCGACGGCGAGGAAAUGAAGAGAUUGAAGGAGCAGAUGGAGCAAGAACGGAAAGAAAAGGAGCGGCUGAAUCGGGAGAUCGCCAGACUCAAUGCGGAUCUGAGCAAUAUGGCGGAGAGGGUCCAUGAAGCAGAGCAGAAGCAGACGUUCGCGGAAAAGGAGGCGGAGAAUGCGAAGAUGCACGAGAGUGAGCUGAACAAACGCAUUCAGAAUCUGGAAGAGGUGAACGCGAAGCAGAAUGCCUAUCUAGAGGAGUUGUUGAAUUAUUAUGAUGAUUUAACAAAGAAAUGA